AAGCGGUAGUUUCUCUUCGACCGGGCAUCACAACGGACGGCCGCGUACAUUUGUGCUCGUGCCGUGAAUCUUCGGGGUGGGGUGACGUGUUUUUCUUCCGUCGCGAUUGCUCCCGCGUCCGCGUGGCCCAGUUAGAGAAUCGUUUGUGAUCGUUGCAGAUACACAGGUGGCGCAAUGUUUGCUGGCUCGGCCAAAUUGCUUUCUCGGAGGUGAAGAGUUUGAGAUCGAUUAUUCAGUUCAAGCGUGUCCAGGGGCAGUGCUCAGUGUUGUACCGUGCUUGGGACGCAAUUUCCGUCCUUCGUGAGUAAUUGGGUGUGUGAAGUGUGUAUCGUACGGCGUGCGGAAGCAAUGUGUCUCUAAUGCGAUGGUGUGGGUGAAAAAUAUAAUUUAGAAAAGUGUACUUCACAGUGAUUGCGUUCGGGUUUGAGUGAUGGGAGGCGGUUGCGGUGCAUUUUAGUUUUGUAUUGUUCUGGUUUCCAUGACCCAACAGUGUUAUAUCCUGAACGUCAUCUUCAAACUUCCCUUUAUACAACCGGUUUCCUUCCAUUAACGGGGUGCUUUUCAAGAGCCCAUCGAACCGCGAAAGGAUCAUCCAAACGCCAAACGGUCGAAAAGUGAGUCGUGUGAUAUCCACCCAGUGUUUGCUGCGGCUUCUUUUGAUACAGUUCCUACCGGUUUCGUGUUUCUUUUCGCGCUUUCCACAGCUAUAAUAGCGGAGCAGAUUGUGCCGGCAGCCUAAUCUGUCUUCCGGAGUAUUUAAUUACCUGGAAACCGGAGCAUCCGUCUGGUCCGGUCGAUAGCCAUCGUAGUGCGCCUAGGAAUGCCUUCCUUCCAAUUAUUUAUUUAUUUUUCCAUUCACCUGGCAAGGUGAUUGCGAGCGGAAAAAAUGCACCUCAAUGGGUGGAAUUUGCACAACCGUCUUACGGCAUUCCAUGGCGCGGGAAUACGUGCGUUACGUGAGUUUGUUUACUGUGUAUGUGUGCAAAGAGAAAGCGAAAGAAGAACGCGCGUGUGUGUGUUUAACUUAGGAAAGUACCACAAUUCUACCACGGACUGAUUGAUAUGCAUAUCAUUCAUAUGCGUACGGUUUCGCCUAAAUCCCUUGCGGGGAAAAAUCACUUACCGCGCGCUUCGCUUCAUUGCCUCCCCUUGCAUUCACGGCGGUAGGUGAAAAGAUGAGUUUAAAAGGUAAAUAACAAAGAGUAAGCCACACAAGUCACGUCAAUCAAAAAGAACAAGUCAGUUCGUUAGAAUGUGAAUAACGCCCCACGUCUCAUUCGUUCCGGGAAUGAGCUUAGACCCAAUCGUACCGCGGCCCAGAAAAAGCCGAACAAACAACAAGUGAAAGUGAAAGUGAAAGGAUAUAAAUGCGCAAAACAUACGCAAACAGUAUCGCAAAGUUAGUGUACACAAAGGGCCAGUUGGCAGCCCGGUUCCGCACGUGGUACUAUGUGGUUUGUUGAUUUUACUGACAAAAGCCUUUCGGCUUAUUGGGUGCUGCACACUCCGAAUCGUCUUUAAGAAAAUGGUGACGAAACAUCGUUCCACGUCGUUACGAAAUAACAACAGCCGAUAUAAAACCCACCAACCGCCCAGAUCCAUCUCCGUGUGAUUGAAUCAGCACAGGGCGGCACAACAACAAGUGGGGCCGACGGCGCCAAACAAGGUGGUGUGAAUAGUGAAUGCGAAGCCGCUACCACAAAAACGCAUUAGUGAACAUGUGCACAAGGACAUCGCGUUGCUGCUGGUUCGGUGGGCCCGGCUGGAAAAGGGUGCUGUGCUAUCGCUGCGUCUGCUUCCUGUACGCGCUGAUUGUGCUGGGAAUCGUGCUGCUACCGGCCCCAGUCGAGUCGGGCUGCAGGCGGCUGGUGCGGAAACCGUGCGAAGCGAUCUGUGUACGCAGGACGCCCGACGACGUGCCGAACGCUGGUCGGCGGCUACCGAUCGGAACAAAUCCGACCAGCUUCGCCGGGGAACGGGGGAACGUGUCUUUACCACUCACGGCCUCCGCCACCGGGUGGACCUGCGAGCUGCGGAUCGUGGUGAUCAUGCCGGCAAACACGAGCGUGGAAGCAUCACUGCCGCGCGUGCAGCCCGUGCUCGAGAAGGCGGAAGGCUACAUCCGCCGGGAGGGCAUUAUACCGGCCGACGUAGCCAUUCGCUGGAUCCCGUUCGACGAUCGGUGCGAACAGGCCCGGGCGACGGUGAUGGCGAUGGACGGUACCGGCAGUGACUACUGCGGCCAUCUCAUACUGGGACCGAGCUGUGAUUUCGCUUUAGCGCCUGUUGCAAGAAUUGCACGAUACAUCUACAAUGACGGAAUUCCGGUGAUCACCGGAGCCGGAUAUACAUUUGACUUCGAGGAGCCAAAGACACACUGUGAAAACGAGUUUCAUAUGCUUAUUCGUACGGGGCUGGUCAGUUUCAAGCGGAUGGCAUUCUUCAUGAUAGAACUAAUCCGGCACUUCAACUGGAACCGCGUGGUUUAUUUCUACGAACGGCAGAGCUACUACAACGUGGCCGGACCGCAAACGGGCCACUUGCUGAUGAACACGAUGGCGGAGUUUUUCCGCCACGAAAACAUUACCUACUCUCCCUUCUCCACCGACUCGGCCCGCACAAACCUCACCGAGAGUCUGAAGGAAAAGGUCGGCCUCAGCUAUGCAAGUAAGUUCCUUCGCAAAACUUUUAGGACGUAAGGUUUCUGUUCGAUCAAUUUGUACUUUUGAGGGUGUGAGCUCGUGUGUCGUCUGAAACGUGCUUCUUGCAACAUAAAAGAAGGUUCGAAGGGGAUCCCUCUUUUACGAAACGAUGAGGUAAGGUUUUUUUUACAGUAUGUUGAAAGACAGGUUCCCAACGCUUUUCAGCACUUUAAUUAUACUGAACCUUCUUGGCAGCCAAAGCAAUUUCGUACCAUUAUACGAUGCUAAAGUUACAGCCUUUCUUUCAUCUCAUCAUUUCAAAUUUCUUUAAAGCAAUAAUUUGCUAUCGUUACUGUGCUUAGGAUGGUUUACAACAUUGUUCUCAAUGUUAUCUUGAACCUGAAUUUUCAAAUUAUUCAUAUUUUCUUGAUCUACACUCGAGGACACUGCAACUGGACAUAUUUUGUAUGAGUUUCCAUUCAUAAACGAUACUAGUAGAGCUAUAAAUAUUGCGUGCAAUUUUAUGUAAAUGCUUGGUCAGCAUGGACAUGGCCAGCAAAUCUUCUUAUCGUAUGAAUAUAAUUCUAUCACUGAAACCACAUUAAACUGGCCACGUGCUGUACAUUUUUAACAAUGUAAACAAGCGUUGUGGAGAACUAAAGAAAAACACGCAAAUUGUACGCCGUCAGCACGAAGGAAGCAGAAACGUAGAAUAUGCCAAUGACGAACCAAUGUUGAAGUUUCCGUGGCUUAGAAUCAUAUUACAGUCCCUUAGGAUGGGAGGAAAAGGUGAUCAUGACGAAGCAUUGA